UAAUUUGUAAAUACUAAUCGGUGGCAUUUUAUUUUGUCCUUAUCAAUCGAGCUUUCAAUUCCCUACCAACUGUUCCUUCCCCGCAACAAAUUCUUACCCGAGGCUAAUCGGAUGCGAUCUCAUUCAUCGUUGCCUGAAUUGGAUUUUCUCGAUGACGGAAAUCAAGGCCAUUGGAGUCGUCGGCGGCGGUCAAAUGGGCUCUGGAAUUGCCCAACUCGCCGCCACAUACGGCCAUCAAGUUUGGUUAAUUGAUUCAGACUCUGCUGCUCUUGCUAAAGCAACCGAUUCAAUUUCUUCCUCAAUCCAACGCCUGGUCUCUAGAAACCUUCUCUCUCGAGAAAUUGGUGCCAAUGCUCUUCAACGUCUAAAAUUUUCAACUGAUUUAAAAGAGCUUCAUUCAGCAGACGUCAUCAUUGAAGCUAUCCUGGAAUCGGAAGAUGUUAAAAGAAAGCUAUUUGUUGAAUUAGAUAAGAUUGCAAAACGGUCUUCCAUUCUAGCUUCUAAUACAAGUUCCAUCCCGAUUACUCGCUUAGCAUCGGCAACCACACGUCCUGAGCAGGUCAUUGGCAUGCAUUUCAUGAAUCCUCCACCUGUAAUGAAGUUGGUUGAGAUUGUGCGAGGUGCGGAUACAUCCAAUGAAACGUUUGAUGCCAUAAAAAUCUUGGCCGAGAGGCUUGGCAAAACAGUGAUAUGCUCUCAGGACUACUCUGGCUUCAUCGUGAACAGAAUUCUAAUGCCAAUGAUUAACGAGGCGUUUUUUGCACUCUACACGGGAGUGGCAACCAAGGAAGACAUCGACACAGGAAUGAAGCUAGGAACAAAUCAUCCCAUGGGUCCCUUGGAGCUUGCAGACUUCAUUGGUUUGGAUGUUUGUUUAUCAAUCAUGAAGGUUCUUCAUUCUGGGCUUGGUGACAAUAAAUAUGCUCCCUGCCCUCUUCUUGUGCAGUAUGUCGAUGCUGGUCGUUUGGGAAGAAAGCGGAGAAUAGGCGUAUAUGAUUACCGUAAACUACCAGAACCAGAUAAAUCCAAGUCUCGACUUUGAACUAUUCGAAAUCGGUGAAGGAUGGUUUUCUAGAUGGAAAUUGACACGACAGGCUAAACUUAUAUCUAUUAUAUGGCUUUCAACACUGUACAUGAAAAUAAGCUAUAUUCAUGCAUCUUUUUUUCUUGAACAAUAAAAUGUGGAUUUUCCUUUUCUUUAUACAUCAUCUACUAGUUACAA